AUGGAUCAGCUCUGCCAAGAGUUCGAAAUGAUGACGCUAACUGAGGAUGAAAGCGACGUAAGCUUCAUUUUUUGUUUUUUUUUUAUUUUUUUAUUUUUUCUUUGUUUUUUAUAUUUUUUCUGUUUUUAGUUCGCGCACCUAAGUGCGCGACUUGUGGCGCGGUUCUCAGAUUGUAGCAAUCUGGAACAGCUUCGGCAGGAAAUACGCCGCAAUUUUUAUACGGAGUAUUACUCCAUCAUAUAUGGCGAGGCCAGUGAGGCUUCAAAAGAGGCGGCGGACCAGCUCCGUCUCUGUUUCGUCUCUGGUCUUUGGACAAAAGGCAUGCAUUCUUCAUCUUCUUCACAAGGACCAGAAGGACCAGACAAAUCAUGUUUUUUUUGACAGAAUAAAACAACAAUUGAAAUUUUUUUUUUUUAACUAAUCGUCGCAAUCAUUGUUUGAAAUCUUUACUACUCGACAUUGCCAACAUUUGUUCACCCAAUUAAUCCUGAGCAAAUGAAGCUAACAUCGAAAUAAAAUUAUAUAUUGAAUUUGAUCUUACCGUGAAGAAGAAAACAAGGAUUCCAAGGAUUAAGGGUCAGAACUUGAUGGAGGAGUUCAAGAAACAAUUUUCAUCGAGCGAGGCUACCAAAAGAGCCGCGGAGAAGCUCUAAAAGUAUUUUGAACAAUUACGAGAGACGUAUGACGUAAGAGUUUCAAUAACGAUCCAUACACCAAAGGCGGAGCCAAUCUAUCUGUCUUGACAGAGAUUUUCUAUAGAAAGAAUGAAUGAUUGGAUGGUUUCAAGGUAUACAAGGCCGAGAGGGCUGGACCCAUGCUAUUAGUCCCGGAAUUCAUCCCACUAAAACAUAAUCGCAUGGGACGUUACGAGGCCUUACCAGAGGUCGGAAUUCCUAUGCUGUUCGGCCCAACUCCAGAAUAUUUGGACCAACUGUCAACUUUUCCGAAUUCUUCGCACCAUCUGCUUCUGAUACCUCAACUUCAAAUCAUGCAGGAAUAG